GCGCACUUUUCCACUGUGGUUCGACCUCUGCAGUCGGUAAGUGGGCAAUGGCAGUUUGAAUGAGAAGUCUGUCUUUAUAAAUCUCUUUUCAUCCUCUCUCUUAACUUCACAUUGCAGUGCACAAAGAGACCCGGGCUUCUACCAGAUUUGACCGAACCGGUUAACAUUACCUAAAGUAGAAAAUGUACGCCUGUGCAAAGUUCGUCUCCACGCCGGCUCUGGUCCGUGCUGGUUCCCGGGCUCUUUACAGACCCCUCUCUGCCUCUGUGCUGUCCAGGCCUGAGCUGCAAACACAGAGCAGUGUUGCUGUGAUUCAACAGAGCUCUGUCACCCAGGUCACACAGAGGGGCUUCCAGACUAGCGCCAUCAGCAGGGACAUUGACACCGCUGCUAAGUUCAUUGGUGCUGGAGCUGCCACAGUCGGAGUAGCGGGAUCUGGAGCUGGAAUUGGGACUGUGUUCGGCAGUCUCAUUAUCGGCUAUGCUAGGAACCCAUCUCUGAAGCAGCAGCUGUUCUCAUAUGCCAUCCUGGGAUUUGCCCUGUCUGAAGCCAUGGGACUGUUCUGUUUGAUGGUUGCUUUCCUUAUCCUGUUUGCUAUGUAAAACUCUGCUGCAACUCUGCAACACUUUCAUUACAGAUGUGACUACAUAUUUUAUUGUGGCUACCAAAAUUGUUCCGCGUUGGCGUCAUGGAAAUGUACAUUUUCAAGUCUUUCAGACACUGUUGAAAUACGCAAAGCAUGUAUUGUACAAAUGUAAGGAAUUACGUGAUUAAAAUACAUGUAUUUGACUAUUUAACAACGGCAGUAACUUUUGUCUGGGUAUCAAGCUAGAAAGGGAAAUCUUUCUUGAAUGUCAUCUUUUCUGCAAAGCAGCUGCUUAGUCUUGCCAUUAAUCAGCCUUGAUUUCUCAGCACAUCACAUGCAAGCUUUUUGUGGUCCACCCUAAUGAAUUCUUGGUACAGAUGCAGUUAUAUUGUAGUACUGUAACUAGGCAGCAAGCAAGUGAGUGCUUGCUUUUGUAAAUGAUAUUAAAUAAAUCUAGAUUUAAUUGA